GGAGGCAGUCGCUGUGCUGGUGGGGUGGAGUGGUACUACCAGGGAGAGUGGAGGACUGUGGGAGCUGAUGACUGGGAUGUAGCUGCAGUAGUGUGUAGACAGCUGGGUUGUGGCUCCACUGUUUCAGCACUACCUGGAAACACCACUAGAGGGGUUGGAGUUUACUGUGAUGGGGAUGAAUCUGCACUGAGGGAGUGUAGAAGAAGAUAUUAUCUCCUUCCUGGACUCACAGUGAUCUGCUCAGAUCUCCUGGUCCAGCCUGAUAUCUUCCUGACUGACCCAAUGGGAGGGGUCUCCAGGGGCCACCAGGGGCCCGAGAUGUUCAGGGGCUACAACUUCACCAUCACCUGCUCCACUCAGCCACAUUACCCAGGAGGCUCUUUCCUCCUCACGUUCACCGGCUCCAACAGAACCCAGACCCAGCCAGCUGUCAAUCACUCUGCUGCCUUCCUCUUCCCUGCUGCAGAUGACUCCCACCAAGGGAACUACAUCUGUGUUUAUGACAAUUAUGUUUUUUGA